AUGUCGCUCGAUGACUCUGAGCCAGAAGUACACGUAUUCGAGGAUCCAACUGGGCUCAUCAGACUCCCACUGGGUUCCGUGCGGGUUGAAGAUCCAGAAGAAGAGGUAUUCUUACUCUACACCAACCUCUCAACUCGCCACCCAGAAGACAUCUCUUCGACCUCCUUUCCAGGUCUUGGCUCGGUCGACUCACGACAGGACACGUUAGCCGUGCGUUUCGUCUUGCCGCCAAGUCCGACGACAAAACACAAGGCUCCAAGCGGCUUGGAAGGGGCGGCCUGUCGUUCCUCCAAGCGGCAUGACAAGCGCAAGCAGAAUGUAUACGUCUCCGAAGGUGAACGUUCAUUGGAUAUUGAACUAGCACAAGACAAGACUACGUUACGUUCAAGGAGAGGCGAUACAGGUAGUAGUGUGCUCUGGAGAGUAAGCGUGGCACUUUGUCAAGCGCUCUUAAAUGACCUGUGCUCAAGCUCUUCGUAUUCACUCUUUGAUCCGGAGAAGCUCAAGGAAUGCACUGUCCUAGAACUUGGUGCGGGAACUGGCUUGUUAUGCCUGAUUCUCGCUGCUUGGGUGCGACACUACACCGUUACCGAUCUUGAUUAUCUUGUGCCACUCAUACGCAAGAACGUCGCGACGAACUUUUCUGUUGUCCAGCAAACACUCAAGCCUACUCGGCGUCCAUCGUCAUCGUCCGCAGUAAGCGUGGAACCGCUCAACUGGGUCGAACUCCAAGGCGCUUCACUGCAUGCUCGUAACACAGCAUUCCGGCUCUCACACGGCGAGCCGCCCGAUUUGAUUGUCCUGGUAGAUUGUGUGUACAAUCCCGCGUUAUUACCUGCGCUCCUCGUGACUGUAGAUCAUUAUGCGGCACCUGGACGAACGCGUGUGCUUGUUGCGGUGGAACUGCGCUCAGUGGACGUUGUUCGUGAGUUUCUGGAGCUUUGGCGCGGGUUGGGAGGCUGGGAGAUUUGGCGGAUCGGGUGCACGGCCGGUGGUGGACGAGAGGGAGAUGGAUGGCUGGGCAUUGAGUUCGCGGUUUGGAUAGGCUGGAAGAUCAGUGUGAUCCGUGAACGAGAAACAUGA